AUGGCCGAACAUCAAUACAAGUUCAAUGUCUCCAUGAGCUGUGGCGGGUGCUCUGGCGCUGUUGAGCGUGUCCUGAAGAAGCUUGAUGGCGUCAAAUCCUACGACGUGAGCCUCGAAUCGCAAACCGCUACCGUCAUCGCCGAGGACUCCUUGGGCUACGAAAAGGUCCUUGAGACUAUCAAGAAGACUGGCAAAACUGUAAACAGCGGAGAGGCCGAUGGCACCGUCCAGGCUGUUUAA